AUGGCGCGUUCCUCACGCGGAUACGGCGUCCUGAACGGCCACGGCGCGACGCGCUCGCGGGGGAUCUCCUCGCCGUGCUGCGGGCGGCGCAUUCGCGCGACGCUCGGCGCGUGUCACGCGAUCCUAGGAUCUGUCAUCUGCCUCGCCGCGGGCGUGCUACCGACGCACUGGAACACGUACCUGGGGCACUUGGGGCCCGCGGCGGUGAUGUACAUCUUCAGCGAGCUCGAGCGGUACCCGGGCCCGAACACGGUCGUCGCGCAAGGCUGGGUCGCCAUCCUCGGCGGCGGCUUCUACGUCCUCUACGACUUGUUGUUUUCUAAGUGCCACCUCGACUUCGCGUGCACGUCGCUUCGCGAGCAACAGCACGUCGCCGUCAACGUCUUGUUCAUCGCCAUCGGGGUCGACGUCGUCGUUCACCGGUCGAAGUUCACCCUGUCGCUGAUGGGGAUCGGGUUCGGGAUAUUCGUGCUGUUGCACGAGCAGCCGAACCGGUUAGGCGUCGUCGCGCACGCGUGCGCGGGCGUCAUGCUCGCGGUGUUCGCCGCCGCGAGGAUGUUCGGACAGUUCGACGUCGCAUCCAAGUCGCUGUACUACGCGUCGUACUUUUUCUUCUACUCUCAGAACGGCUUCGUCGAGAUGUACUACGGCAAGGUCAACGACAGCGCGUACGUGCUGUUCGUGCUCGCGCUCGCGGUCUCGAUGAACACGGUCGUCGAGGCGUUGGAUUUCGCGUUCAGUGCCGACGACGCCGCGGAGUUCGAGAUAAUCAAGCUCACGGACGACUUCGACGACGACGGAGGGACGCGCGCGCCGGCGGAGUGA